AUGAACAAGCGACAAAAUGCUGGACGAGUAGACCUCCAAGCUAUUCCACCUCUUGCAAGUAGCACAAUUAUGGGCGGAGGUAAAAAGCAGGCUCGCGGGGUUUCACCACACCAAGUUGUAGACGAUGACCAGCAAACCAAGCGUGGGAAGACGCAUAUUCCUUUCUGCAUGCUUGUGCUUGUCUUUGGUCUGGGAACCUGCGUAGUCCUGCUCAUCGUCGUCAUCAAUUGCAUGUACCGGAAGCACGGGGAGAAUUUAGAAAAGGAGAAAUUCGUGUGGUCCGUGUAUCCUUUGGAAAAAUUGUUAUCCUGUUUGGGAGUCACACUAUCUAACUACGCAUGUGUAAGUAUGACCACUGACUGCCAGUGUUGUACUAGUUUUGGCUGAGGACGACUAUGAUGCAUCUUAAUAAAAAAAAAUCAUGAGUACGUCUAUGCUGAGGAUAGAGAAGAGACUCAAGACAAGGAAGAUUCUGUUGCUUCCACUGAAAUUAUACCAUCUCUGUAUACGGAACGAAAUGCGCCAACAGUUCCACUGCAAAACAAGCUGUGCGUUAUGCGACGUGACAACUCAAAUAUAAUUUUUCCUUAGCAUACCCGUGCCCAGAAGAAUGACUACGACCCGCAGAAGCGACUCGACUUGUACGGAGAUUCUAACCAGCUUCUGCCUGCUGGGCGACAAAUGCUGUCCUACGACGCGGUGUUCUCGCACGACGAAAGGAUGAUCAGCAAAGAAGGUAACAUUUUUACCUUUAAUGAUAAUGGCGCUUCACCAAGUUCGUCCACCGCUCACAACGUCUGAUGCCGCUUGGCAAGGUUGUAGCCACGCGCCACAGAUCUUUUUUUGUUUUUCGAGGCGUCCACACAGAGGAAGACCGUGAGUUGCUGUGCUCAUUGCCAUUGUAAUUUCCUUUUCAGAAACAUAGCAGCCGAACUAUUCAUUCCUAAGAAAUGGGAAUGUCACGAAUUUUUAGAUUUUCUUCCAAAAUCUUUCCGUUUCCCCACCCCAAAAACCGAAGAACUGGAAUUCCAGAAGCAUUACCCCGCAAUGUACUCGAACAUUCGAAUUUGACAUCGUCCACCUGGCAGUGGCAUUCGCGCUUCAGUUGCCUGCAACAUG